UUGUUCCGAGGAAUUCCCUUCCCGUUCUCACCUUCUUCGCUGCGUCUCGUCACUGUAGAGUUUUCCCAGAGGGGAACGGACACUCAUGGAGCCCUCUAACCUCUCCGCUCUCAAAGAAGAAGAAGACGAGGACGAGACCUCCGUCGGUGGAGGAGAUCAAGUACGCCUCGCCGCCCCGUCCGCCUUCUCUCCCGACUCGAUCCCUCCUCGCCCCGCAUCACAGAGUUCACUUCAAAAGUAUGCACCUUUAGAAUGGUCAGAUUAUUUUGAUAAAGAAGAUGAUGUAAAAGUUCCUGGAUCAGAUAAUGUUUUUCAUGUCUAUAUGUCUGGAUCUGAAGGACCAGUUGUUUUUUGCAUACAUGGAGGUGGCUAUUCAGGGCUUUCUUUUGCUCUGGCAGCGAGUAAGAUAAAGGAAAAAGCUAGGGUGUUAUCCAUGGACCUUCGAGGGCAUGGAAAAUCAGUCACCGACAAUGACCUGGACUUAUCUAUAGAAACUUUAUGCAAUGAUAUUUUGUGUGUUUUGAAGACACUGUAUGGAGAUUCGCCACCUGCAGUUAUACUUGUCGGCCACAGCAUGGGAGGUUCAGUGGCCGUGCAUGUAGCUGCAAGAAAAGUUAUACGUAACUUAGCUGGUCUUGUUGUCAUUGAUGUUGUCGAGGGAACAGCCAUGGCAUCCUUAGUCCAUAUGCAGAAAAUCCUCUCGAGUCGAAUGCAAUAUUUUCCCACAAUAGAAAAAGCAAUUGAGUGGAGUGUUAAAGGAGGCCCAUUAAGAAAUAUUGAAUCUUCCCGUGUAUCUGUUCCAUCAACACUAGUGUAUGAUGAUUCAAAGAAGUGUUACACCUACCGUACUCCUCUGGAAAAAACCGAGAGAUACUGGAAAGGCUGGUAUGAAGGCCUCUCAGAAAUGUUCUUAUCAUGUCCAGUGCCAAAGCUGUUGCUGUUAGCUGGAACAGACAGAUUAGACAGAUCUCUCACAAUUGGACAAAUGCAAGGCAAAUUCCAAAUGGUAGUUGUUCGGCACACUGGACACGCUAUACAGGAAGAUGUACCUGAAGAAUUUGCAUCUCUCAUAAUCAACUUUAUAUCUCGCAACCGGAUAGGCCCAAAUGGUGUCGAGACUCCAGGGUUAAUCCGACGACCACAGUAGAAGAACUAGUUUCUGAGAGGUGGCUGAGAAAAUUGAGCAGUUCUAGUGGUAGAAAAAAUAAUUUCUCAAUCGCUAAAGUUUGUAUGUCUUUUGGAUUUUUCUCCAGAUUACAUAUUAAGCAAAUUUGAGAUCAUCUUGGGCAUGUGCUGUUGUCUAGUUAGAUAUGUUUUUCAUUGUCUUUGAUGCUUACAUAGUUUAGCAGACAAGUUUUGUGUCAGCUUUUCUACAUUCUGGGAACAAGACCACCUCUAACUCACAACUUGAUGGUCAAGUGGUAACUGAUGCACUGUACCUUGUAUGUAAUUGGCUGGAAUUGAUCGACAUGAUGUCGAUCUGAUCUUACACUGAUGGCAAUUCUAUAUAAAUCGAUGCUAAUCUCUCUUAUAUAAAUGAUCUCAAUUCUUUUCUUUUUUUUGAAUCUCAAACUUGGUAAGAAAACAACUCGUCAGGAUUCCAAAUGAAACCAGGAUGCCAAGUGAAGCAAAGCAAACAAUAUUGUGCACAGUUUGAUGCAUCGACUGUAAGAAAAUUAGUUAUGGAAAUGGAUCUGUUGAUACACUGCGGCAUGGAAGAGAAUGUGCCACAAAAUUGAAUUCUCCUUUGAAGUGGAGAGAGUUCAAAGGUUGACGAGCGAUUACUUACAGAUUCUGGGAAGAAUCCCUGUUUAUCAUCGGAACAUGUGGGAAGCGUGUCACUUCGCUAAUCACUGCUCAAAAGUAAGAAGACGGAAUUCUGCUUUGGGAGUGGAUGCAGGCGAAGACGGCGAAACAACUUCUCGAGGCCCGCGGCUGCCGCCAUCGCGGAUAUACGAGAUCCGCAAGAGGGCCGAGCUCUGGACCGCGCCUCCGAGUUGGACCGUGCCUCCAGCCUCGCCACCGUCAUCGCCGACGAGCAGCUCGAAGCUCCACCCGAUCGCUCUCAGCGACCCGGCGGCUGCGACAUGUGCAACGUCCGGGACGGCUCUUCCCUACGGGCAUCGCCCGAGCACCGGAGCAGGACGCAGGAUAGGAUAGGAUGGCAGGAGGAUGUGGUGGUCAAGAAGGAAACAUCGAGUGGUGGAGAGAGUCAUAGUUCGUCGUCGUCGUCCGAGGCUAUAGAUGUGUAAGAGAAAGAAUCUGGGUGCAGCGAGUGAUCAAAUUGAUCAACAUUCGACCCUUACCUCAAAGAGUUGAAAAUCUUGGCAAAACCCUAAUCGUCAAGAUUAUUACGCAAGGGAAGAUUGGAGGAUUUCUGGACGGGAUCAUGUCACCAUGGAUGCCUGCCGAAGGAUGGACAGCUACUCUGACGGGGCGAGGCGCGGAGGCAAAGAGUUCCAGAUCGAUUUGGCCGGAAUAAAGUGACGAAGCGACGGCUAAUUUCCAAGGACUUGAAGAUGGAAGAUGGAGAAGCUGGUUGUAUAGCAAAUGUUAGUACAAGAAACCAUAGAAAUGGCAUCAGCCAACGAUUUGGGGAUUCAUUUAGUUUGAAUGUUGACGUCUGGCAAGGGAGAAAUGGUUAAGAUCGGUUAAUGGAAAAUGCAGCAGUGCCAAUAGCAGGUCCGUAACAGAGACGAUGACACUGCGACCUACCAGAGGCUUGUUCAACAGGGAGGGUAACCAUGGCAGGAAAAGUUCCUUGCAGAGUGGAGAUAAUGGUUACAAAAGAAAUGCUGAGAGGUCUAAGCACCGAAGACAACCUGAUAUUGAUCGGAAUUUUUGGUUGGAAUCUUGAAUUCCGAGGUCCAACGAUAACAACAAGCCAUAAUUCUUAGCUAUUUGGGAUCGGCUCAAUGGAUCUUUAUCCAUUGUUGAAUUCCAAGGAAGAACUUUCCAAGUACACUGUGAUGGUGAUUCUAACUCAAAAGUCAAUUAACCAGGAACAGUACCCCGGAAGCAUCACAAUCAGAGGCAUGCAAGUGAAAGAAAAAAGCAAGCAUAUGCGGAUGUGAAUCCGAAGCCACUGCUGGAAGACGUCUGAUUUCUCUUGCAGAAUGAUCACCUUGGAUGAGAAGAACCAAGUGAGGCAGCGGGAGGAGAUGGAAUGCAGCGGGAGUGUGCCGUUAUUUAUAGUGCCCAGGAGCAGAAAAGGCGUGAAUCUGGCAAUGCUAAUAGGAUGAGAGCAUGAGGAGGAACUCCCUCUAGAUUUACCAGGACAACUCGGAAUGGAAACUGCAAAACUGCGUGUCACAGAACUGCGUGCGUCCCACUUGGCGUGAUAGAAUGAGGCUGUGGAAGGAGGAACACGAUCUUAUCAUGCAAAAGGUAGGAUUGCAUGGUCAGACACCUGCAGGUGCCAUCGAGUUCAUGCUACUUACUGCAUGCCUCACAUGGCCUACCCAUCAUGAGCAACGCAGUGCCCCCUUCUUCUUCUUGUCUUGAGUUGCUGUCUGGGAGUCAAACUGGACUGAUACAUGAUGAUGAACAGGUUGGAGUAUUCAAUUCCUGCCCGCGUUAAUUUUCUUGGAUCGAGCCCACCGCGUUAAAUACAUGAUGAUGGCAAACUGGAAAAGAAGUCAUCUGGAAGCUGGGUGUGACUGUAGAACAGAUCUCUGUACCAAUUAAGUCCGAGUUGAAUGAAGUCGGAGGGAGCAGAGUCACAUGGACCUUAUCACCGGCGGUAGCUCCUUUUGUACCGUGUGGUCUGCACCUCAACAAACUGACGGCUUACCUGUUUGUAAAAGCUGUAAGUCCUUUGCCACCCAAAUCUACGAGAUCUGCGAGCGACCACAAAAGAAAA